AUGCUCGUCCUUUCUGCUGCUGUGGCGCGUGGGACCUUUGUGCUUUGCGAGUACGAUGCCUCACCAGGCUCGGACGACUUGACGGAGGUUGCACGCAAGGUUUUGCCCAAGAUCCCUCGCACUGGCGCCAUUCGGUCUUACGUGUAUGCAGGGCACACGUUCAAUUACUUGCUGGAGAAGGACCUCAUUUUCCUGUGCAUCGCAGCACCAACUGCGGGCACAGAGCUGGUCUUCGAGUUUCUGAAUGAAUUUCGGCAGACCUAUGAGGCGCUGGCUCGGCGAAGUCUCCGUGAGGCAGAGCAGACUAGGAUGCUCAGAGACCUGAUCAACCGCUACAACAGCGAAGGGGGUGGCCGAGUUCAGCAAAUGGAGAGGGACUUGGAGGAUGUCACCGACAAGAUGCGCGACAACCUGGGGAAGGUCAUGGAAAGGGGCGAGCGAAUCGACUCCCUGGUGGAUAAGACGUCUGCCCUGAAUUCAGAGUCGGUGUCCUUUCGAAGCCGGGCGAAGAGAUACAAUGAUGAGCUGUGGUGGCGAGACCAACGAGGCAAAAUGUUGCUGGGCAUCAUCGUGAUGGCCAUUGUCGUGGUUAUCACCUGGAUCAGCCUGCCAAGCUGCCAAGUUUUGCAGACUUGA